AUGGAAAAAGAAGAUUCAAAACGGUAUGUGGGAGUGCGAAUGAGGAAAUGGGGGAAAUGGGUGUCGGAGAUAAGAAUGCCACAGAGUGGAAAUAAGAUUUGGUUGGGGUCUUUCCCCUCCGCUGAGCAGGCUGCCAGAGCCUACGACGUUGCCGCCUAUUUCAUUCGUGGCCCUCUUUAUCCCUCCUUCAACUUCCCCACUCUCAUUCCUUCCUCUCCUCCUCCUCCCAAUUGCACCACCACCCACAUACGAGAUGCCGCCGCCUCUGCAGCCGCCUCUUUCACUCCCCCACCUCCACCACCACCACCACCUUCUCAGCCUCACCCCACCCCAGUUUCUUCUUCCCCUCCUCCUUCUACUACUUCUUCUUCUUGGGUGGUGGCAGAGGAUUGUGAGUCUCUAUUCAUGAACUGUGACAAGCUCUUGCCUUUGGAUAGCCUUUCUUCGCUGGAUUUGGAAGCACCAUGGAUUCCUGAUCUACCUCAAGAUGGCGGUGAUGAUGAUUUUGCCUUGCCAGACAUGGGAAGCUUGUGGAGCCUCUGA